GAUGCAGCCGACCUGACGCAAGGAAGCCAGGCUGGAGAAGCCCCUUUGCAGGCAACCAAAAUAGGAAAUUGGGAAAUCUUAGGGGAGAUGGCUCUGUGCGUGGUGGGCAGGAUGAGGCCACCGUAGCACUGCAAGCUGUCAAGUGGGGACCAAGAUGCCAGCCUACCUUACAGGGAGAUCGCAAGCCUUUGACAAUGUUGUUGCUUCUGCUCUGGAAUUAGUUGUAAAAAUUGGGUGCCCCUGUGAAAAUUCAAAGUUCUCAGCUCUCAUCAGGGCCCCCCAGUGCCAGCAUGGAGGGCGGUGUGGAUGGUCCGAUCGGGAUCCCCUUUCCGGACCACAGCACCGACAUCCUCAGCAGCCUUAACGAACAGCGCAACCACGGGCUGCUGUGUGACGUGGUGAUCCUGGUGGACGGGCAGGAGUUCCCCACCCACCGCUCCGUCUUGGCGGCCUGCAGCCAGUACUUCAAGAAGCUCUUCACCUCGGGACUGGUGGUGGACCAGCAGAACGUGUACGAGAUAGACUUUGUCAGCGCCGAGGCCCUCUCGGCCUUGCUGGAGUUUGCCUACACCGCCACGCUGACCGUCAGCACCUCCAAUGUGGGGGAGAUCCUGGACGCCGCCACGCUGCUCGAAAUCCCAGCCGUCCGGGACGUUUGCAUGGACCUCCUCGACCGGAAGAUUCUGGCCAAGAAUGACCAGAUGGAGACAGUAGAUCAAAUUGAUCAACGGAACCACCUCCGAGCAAAAGAAUACCUUGAGUUCUUCCAGACGAACCCCAUCAACGGCCAGCAGGGCGCUUUUUCGUGGACCAACCCGGACUUGAGGGACCUUCAGCGGCUCGGCUUCCGUGGCCGGGAGGGGGUGGACGAGGACGCCCCUGAGUGUAACGGCCUGGAUUACUACUCCCAAGCCACCCUCGGCGACAGACCAAAGGUGAACGACUGUGACCCCGACACUAACCAUGGCGGGUGGUUGGAGCAGGGCGAGGAGGAGGUGGAGGCGGCAGCAACCCAGGGACCCUUGUUUCCGCCGGCCCAAAAUGGACAAUUCGGGGGGCGCAGCUUGGCGAUGGCCGCCAGGGAGGACGGGGAAACGGCCGGCGUUCCACUGGACCAGCAAGAGGUGGGGAGCUCCCCGGCUUUCCUCCCCGGUGGAGGGGAAGGCGAGGAGGCGGACGCCCCGGAGGUAGACGGCCUGGCUGCCAGCACCCUCCUCCAGCAGAUGAUGAAUUCGGUGGGGCGCCAGCAGCUGGCCGACGAGGACCGCAAGGACGACGACGGCGUCAUGGAUUAUUACUUGAAAUAUUUUAGCACUUCCCAGGAGGGCGGGGACUACCCGUCCUGGUCUCAGAAGGCGGAGAAGAAGAUUCGCGCGAAAGCAUUCCAGAAGUGCCCCAUCUGCGACAAGGUGAUCCAAGGGGCGGGGAAGCUCCCCCGGCACAUCCGGACCCACACAGGCGAGAAGCCCUAUGAAUGUAACAUUUGCAAAGUUCGGUUUACGAGGCAGGACAAGCUGAAAGUCCACAUGAGGAAACACACAGGCGAGAAGCCCUACCUGUGCCAGCAGUGCGGGGCGGCCUUCGCCCACAACUACGACCUGAAGAACCACAUGCGCGUCCACACCGGCCUGCGCCCCUACCAGUGCGAGAGCUGUUUCAAGACUUUCGUCCGCUCCGACCACUUGCACCGGCACCUUAAAAAGGAUGGCUGCAAUGGGAUCCCUUCUCGCCGUGGGCGCAAGCCCCGGGUGAGAGAUGCGGGCCUCACACCCGCCCCGGCCGCGAACCCUGACGACGCCAGCCCCGUGGGGGCCGGCGGCGAGGAGGGGGCCUCCGAGUCUCAGGACACCGCCCCCACCCCUCAGGACGGCUCGGAACAGCACUUUGGAGACGGCGCGGAGGUCGCCAGGACCGCCGGCGCGGCGUCGGGAAGUUUGAAUGUAGCGGGAGGUUGCUCCGAGGGUAAAACGCGAGAACUCUCCUAAACCAAAAAAAAAAAA